AUGGAUCAACGAGCAACUAAACUUGCACAUGUUAAAAAAACAAAGGGAUCAACAACAAUAGCUGCACGGAGUGCGAUAGAAUUCCUUGGUACGGUCAUUCGGGAAGUCCCUCCGAGGACGACUCCCAGUAAAUUCUUGCGAGAGCUGGAGAAGCGGCUACGGGUAAAGCACCGUAUACAUAUAACUGCUUGCCACCUACGCUCCGCCAUCCAUGGAAAGUUGAGGAACCUAGGUAAUAGUAUCCCGAUCAAACAGCUUAUGAAGGGGAUGAGCGGAACAAGGAGUCUACUGGACGCGGUUCAACUAGCGGAGACUCUUGGAACAGCUGGAGUCAGAAGUCCCCAAGUGAGCGUAUUAUGGGGGACCGUCAAGCACAUCCGGCAAGGAUCAAGGGGGAUCGAGUUCUUGCAUAGCUCAGGUCGGAGCAAGGUGCCAUCAGAAGUUCAACAGGCAGUCUCACGAGCGGCCAUGAGUGUCCGGAAGUUGUCAUUGUAUACUCCCGCGGUUCGGAAGGCGGCGGGGGAAGGAGGGGGACACUGGGCGAGCUACAUGGACUCGGCGAAGUAG